AUGAAGUUCUACAUUGAAGACUUGUUGGUCUACUUCCCCUAUGCAUACAUCUAUCCUGAGCAAUACAACUACAUGCUCCAUUUGAAGCGAGCAUUGGAUGCUGGUGGACCAUGUAUGCUAGAGAUGCCAUCAGGUACGGGAAAGACAGUGUCUCUGUUGUCAUUGAUCACAUCGUAUCAGGUCAAACAUCAUGUUCAACUAUAUUACUGCUCGAGAACAGUGCCAGAGAUUGAACAGGCGAUGGAAGAACUGAGGAGAGUUAUAGCUUAUAGGAAUUCAGAGAUGGCCGAUGCAGCGCCAAAGACACUCGCACUGGCAAUGACCUCUCGUCGCAAUCUGUGUGUUCACCCACUGGUCAGCGAGCAGCGCGAUGGCAAGGUGGUCGACUCGAUGUGUCGCGACCGUACUGCGCCUUGGGUGCGCGAGAACGCCUCCAACGAUAAGAAGUGCGAUUUCUUUGAGAACUUUGAGGGCAAUGGCGGCCAAGAGACAACAUUGGAGGGCGUCUACUCGAUUGAUGACAUGCGCGAGUUUGGUCUUCAGCACAAGAUGUGUCCAUACUUCCUGUCGCGACACCUUAUCAACACGGCCAACAUCGUCAUCUUCAGCUAUCAAUACUUGCUCGACCCCAAGAUAUCAUCGCUCAUCUCGUCCAAGUUUGCGAGCAACUCGAUCGUCGUCUUUGAUGAAGCACACAACAUUGACAACGUAUGCAUCAACUCGCUCAGCAUCAACAUUGACAACAAGACAUUGGACAACAGUGCCAAGAACCUUACCAAGUUGUCAAACUCAAUCGAGAACCUCAAGAAGAUUGAUGCAAGACGACUACAGGAGGAGUAUAGGAGAUUGGUACAGGGACUGGCUCGUACAGACUCGACACCAAGGGACGAGCUGGCAGCCGACCCAGUAUUGCCCGCAGACGUGCUCAAGGAGGCCGUUCCCGGCAACAUUAGAAAGGCCGAGCACUUUAUGUCAUUGCUUCGUCGCUUUGUAGACUACAUGCGCAAUCGACUAAAGUCGCAGAUGGUCAUCUCAGAGUCACCGCUGUCCUUCUUGCAGAACCUCUAUCACGCCACACAUAUCAAUGCCAAGACACUCAGGUUCUGCUCGUCACGUCUCAGCUCACUACUACGCACACUUCAAAUCUCAGACAUCAACAACUUCUCAUCCAUCUCUGUCAUUGCUGACUUUGCCACGCUAGUUGGAACCUACAGCAAGGGAUUCCUCAUCAUCAUCGAGCCCUAUGAUCAAAGAUCGCCCAAUCAGAUUGAGCCAAUAUUCCAGUUCUGUUGUCUGGACGCAUCCAUUGGAAUGAAGCCAAUCUUUGACAAGUUCAAGUCAGUGAUCAUCACAUCUGGUACACUCUCCCCACUGGAUAUCUACACAAAGAUACUCAACUUUAGACCAACAAUGGUGGAGCGACUACCAAUGAGUCUUCACAGGAGUUGUAUAUGUCCAUGUAUAUUGACAAGAGGCGCUGAUCAGAUAUCAGUGAGCACUAAGUUUGAGAAUCGACACGACACUGCUGUGAUUAGGAAUUAUGGAUCAUUGCUCGUGGAGAUGAGUGCAAUCGUACCGGAUGGUAUCAUUUGCUUCUUCACCAGCUACAGCUACAUGGAACAGAUCGUAUCGAUGUGGAAUGAAAUGGGUCUGCUCAACAACAUCUUGCAGAACAAACUGAUAUUCGUCGAGACGUCAGACGCAGCCGAGUCAGCACUGGCACUGCAGAACUAUAAGAAAGCAUGCGACAGUGGUAGAGGUGCCGUGCUGUUGUCGGUGGCGCGUGGCAAGGUGUCUGAGGGAAUCGACUUUGACAACCAAUAUGGACGUUGUGUCAUCCUCUAUGGCAUACCCUACAUCAACACAGAGAGUCGUGUGCUCAGAGCUCGACUGGAGUUCCUUCGAGACAACUACCAGAUCAAAGAGAAUGAGUUCCUCACAUUCGAUGCAAUGAGGACAGCAUCCCAGUGCGUUGGCAGAGUAAUCAGAGGCAAGUCAGACUAUGGCAUCAUGAUCUUUGCUGACAAGCGAUACAACAGGUUGGACAAGAGGAAUAAGCUACCUCAGUGGAUUCUCCAGUUCUGCCAUCCACAACAUCUGAACCUCUCGACCGAUAUGGCAGUUGCCUUGAGUAGACAAUUCCUAAGGGAUAUGGGUCAGCCUUACACAAGAGAAGAACAAUUGGGUAAGUCACUUUGGAAUUUGGAGACUGUGGAGCAACAGGCAACAAGCAAGCCGCCAGGUUCGACUUCGACAACAUCCACUACUACUACUGCUGCUGCCGCGACGACAACAGCAGAUGGUGAUACAACCAUGUCAACAACAUCAACGACCUCGACUACAUCAACGACAUCAACAGCAAUGACUGUAUCCCUAUCAUCAUCAUAA